UUGGCUGCUAAAUAUCCAAAAAUCGAGAGAGGCUCUUUCGACCAGCCGGCGGAUGAUACAAAAGAACCGGAAGUUAUUUUAUUUGCAAAUGGGAAAGAAAGGCUAUAUUUUAAACUAAUAUUAGAACAAUUACCAAGCGACACAGUGCUUCGAUUAGAAACAGCCAUGGCAGCAGGAGGCUACCCACAGCCCCCUUAUCAGCAACAAAUGCAACCUCGACCACACUUUCAAACACAAAUGUCUCCGCAUGCUGGCUCUUUGCCCAUGAUGCAACAACAACAGCAGCAACAACAACAGCAACAACAAUUUGGCUCACCAGCAAAAGAGGUUAACAUGGCAACAUUAUGUAAAAUAGGUCAAGAGACUGUACAAGAAAUUGUACAAAAGACUAUGGAUAUUUUCCAAAUUCUCAAACAGAUUCAGUUCCCUCAAGGAGUGGCUUCAUCGGGACAUGCAUACCAAGAGCGCAAAGCAAAGCUUGAAGAGACAAUGAAACACAUGGAGGACAGCUUUAGGAAAUUGCGUCUUGUACACGAUGCUGUUAAUCAAGAAACAAGCCAGUAUAACACGACUCAAAUUGAAAAUCUCAUCCCUAUGUUAGAAAAUGGGGAAGUGACUGGGGAAAGGGCUAAAGUUAAUGAUGCUAUGAAGUAUGCAAGUGAUGAGGCGAGAGAGAUUAAAGAACAGAUAGCAACAAGGAACAGAGAACUGAAGCAGAUAAUAGAUCAGAUGAGAACAAUAACAUGGGAAAUAAAUACAAUGUUAGCAAUGAGAAAAAUAUAAUAUAAGGUCUCCUUAUGUAAACUGACAUGAUAGCUUGGGUUCCUUAUAUAGCCUAGAUGUUAUUUACUGCAAAGGAUUGAAUAUGGGUAUUAUAUAGUGGGUUUUAUAUACUAGCCAAAAUAAUGUUCUCAGAGGGUCCAA